AUGCAGCAGAAUCGCAGCCCACAGCCGGCUUUGGAUGAAGACGAGGAGGAUCGACAGAAUCGUUUUCUGGGCUCAAGUUUAGCUGAGAACGGAACCGCGACUUUGAGGGAGCGUGCGGCCAGCCAGCCCCCUCGGAGGUCAGAGCAAAACAUCCAGUCCUCGCCGUCCCAGCCGAAUGUGACGCCCUCGAGCUUUGGUAGUGGGGGGACUUCGCCGUGGUCUGGUCAGCGGUUGUUGAGCCCCACGCGAGGAGGUUCAGGCGGCCUGCCCCAGCCCAUUCCGAUGCGGAGCUCGUCGUUUUCUGCCCACCCACAAUCCCAAUUCUCUUCGGCGAUGCGCGACAGGGCAUUUCCAUCCACGUUCGAGGACGACGAGUCGGAAAUAUCGGACACCUACGAUGAGCGAUUCUUCCCAUCUUCUCUCAAUGUCGGACGGGGGCGGACGUACACACAGGACAUCACUCGAAGUCGUUCCCAGUCACUCGCUAAUACUAGGGCAGGGGCGGUAGGUAGUCCGUAUCUCAAUUCCUCUGCCAUGGCCAGCUGGAACGAAUCAAGCUUCUCGCACCCUCUGAACAUCCCGGGGUCGCGCUACGGGGAGAUCAAACCACCAGGCACAAGCCGGUACGGUUCCCUUGGAACAUUGGGUAGAUCCCCUACCAAUAUUCACGUACCUUCUUCCCCCGUCACUGGCGGCUCCGUCGUCGGUAACGGCUACUCACACAGACAAACCAUUGAUCCUUCAAACAUGUCUCCGUUCGUUCGGGAUGUCGGGCAGAUCCUCGUCGACGACAGCCCCUUCCGAGAGUUGUGGUCGGGGAUGAACCCCCCUCGCGAUGAAAACGGCGGAGGGGGUAGCGGGACGACGAGUCGCAGGCACAGCGUCAGUGUCGUUCAGCCCAGGAGAGGCAAUGUAGUCGGCUUCAACGCGCCAGGCGCUGAAGGUAACGACGAGCCCAGCCGUCCCGCUUUCACGCAGGCUGGGUUCGGACGCGGGGGUCUCAUGAUAUCCGACGAUGAAUUAGCUAGCGACUUGGGCCUGCUCAACAUCAACCCAGAGCCUCGAUCUCCGUCGUCACAGCAGCCUACCAGCCAGCCGUCCUCGCUCCCCAUCUAUGCCCCGCUGUCUCGCAGCCCUCCCUCAGCCGAUCGUCUGGCCUCGUAUCUCCCGAUGAACCAGCUUAGCAUCCAGACGAGCGCCUCUUAUUCUCGCCAACAGAUGCACACCCCGUCUGACGGCGGAACCGGCGGAGGCAGCCCACCGCGGACGCAAUUCGACCAGCAGUUAGCUGAGAACCAGUUCCUUUCCGGUUCCAGGUCCACACAACAGCAGGGGCAGACUCCUACUCAACAAUCAGAGUUGACGGCUCGCUAUAUCCCAGGGCAGGGGAUCCAGUAUCUCCCGCAGCACACUAUCGCCAUGCAGAACCAUAACGUCGGACAACAUAAUGGUGGCGUGUAUACCCGUGAACGCGCUCCGUCGUACACCGGUUCAGUCACCUCCCCCGUGUCUCCUUCAAGUGCGCGCGCCAUGCAUGCUCAACACCAAAGUGGAUUCUACCCUCAGCCGAUCCAGCGUCGUCCCUCGGACGCACAAUCUCCUCUCAACGAACUCGGGAAGGGUCUUCCUCUGCAUGCCGUCCCCGCCUCCUGGCCGCUCUACAUCGUGGAGUUCAAAGCUGGCAGAACGGAUCUAUACUACUUGACCGACCUUUCCCUGGACGUCCGCGUUGGGGACCUGGUCAUCGUCGAAGCUGAUCGUGGAAAGGAUUUGGGUAAGGUUAUCAAUGAUAGUAUCACGCUGGCGGAGGUGGAGGCGUUCCAGAAGCAGCAGAUGGCGAUGAGUUUCUCAGAUGGACAGCCGACUAGCCCUGGCGGCGGCCAGCCUGUAGGGAAGAAAGAGAUUAAUCCAAAGAUGAUCUAUGCGAAGGCACAACAACAGGACGCUCAUCUGCUCGUCACGAAACUCCAAGAUGAAAUGAAAGCGCUACAGCUCUGUCAGAGCAAGGUCCGCGCCAAGAAAUUGCCUAUGGAAGUGGUAGAUGCUGAAUAUCAGUGGGAUCGGCGCAAGCUGACUUUCUACUUUGUUGCCGAGAAAAGAAUCGAUUUCAGAGAGCUUGUCAGGGAACUUUUCAGAUUAUACAAGACGAGGAUAUGGAUGGCCUCUCUCCAAGGCGGCCCCAGUGUCGAGCAAUAA